ACUUGCGCGUGCGCGCCGACAGGGCGCGCCACCUGCCAGAAGACGCGAGCGCACACCUAGGAAGAGGGAGACUGCCAGCCGGGGCUUCGUCUUUUCGGCGGCGCUAGCGACACCAGUUGCCCACGGCGCCGUGCACUGUGGAGACAGUGCUGCUGUUGCUGCUGCCGCUGCUGCUUGCCUUGGCACCCGCCGCGACACGAAGACAUCUGGACGACGUUUCAGCUCUCGCUCCCUCACUUUUUCGUCCGCGCCGCUCCCGCCUCCUCCAAUCUUCGCGACGACUGCACCGUUGCAAAGUCGAAGAUAAAGCACUUUUUAUCAUAGUGCAGUACUGAAUUCCAAAGUGUGCGCGUGACGACGGGAAACCGUGUUACCUGCGUCGUGUGCUGAACCUCCGACGUGUCUUCGAGCUGUCACGUUUCACUGGUCUCUCGUAACAGUCGGCCGGCUUUGAGUACUACUACUACAAAAGUAUCGUCAAACUUUUGUAUCCCAGAAGGAUAAGAAGCACUAGAAGUAAACCAGCACACGAACAACGAACAUACUGAACGUGCCUUCGUUAUCGAUUAACAGGUGGAGAAAACGAAUGAUCAAGGAGUUAUUGAACGGAGUUUUGUCUCUACGCUUCGUCGAACAACGAUCUGCUAGUGCCAGCUAAUUCAUCUCUUGCAACAGUUUGCCGAAGGACCCCGUGCCGCUCGGCAAGCGACGUCAGCGAGAGUUUCGACCAACCCGAAGUCUGACUCACUAGAUUAUUUCCCUGUUACGUAGCAACUAUACGAAUCAGUGAUACCGCUGAAGUUCAGCCUGACUGUUUGACUCCUCAGUUAAACAUCGAAGAUAAGACCCAAGUGGGAGAGCUGGUUUUGAAGACGCGCAAGAAGAGAGGCGACGUCGAUGUUCAGGUGCAACCGCUGAAAUCAGCUCGCCUUUCCUCCCAUCGCCCACUGCGGUCGGUGAACUCUUUUUUUCCCACUGAAGGGCGAAGCUCAAAAACACCAGCAGUUUCGAUGAUGCUUCUCGUCGCCGUCGGCUUCGUGCUCAUCCUCCUCGUCGUCUUCCUCAUCGUGAUCAUCGCCUACACGCAGAGCUCGGUGCUCAUGGUUGUCUGAACUUGACCGGCGCGGUGUCGAUAUGUUCUCGGACAGCGGGCGUCGGAGACCGCAGUGGCUCGGGGAAGUUCUUUACCGCUACGCAGUCGGUGAUGCGAUAUCGCGCCCAGAGGAGCCGGCCCUACUGCGUAGGAGCACCGGCAACCCGGCGCCGACGAAGAAUGCCGGCUCACCGUCGAGAUUUCGCCGAGUCAUCUCGGCGUCCUCGUCACCGCCCCCCAGAGGCGUAAGGACGUGAGUGCUAGGGACGGGAAAUGAACCGAGUCGACGACGACAGAAGACAGUAACCGAGUGGUAUUCGUCUCUGGAGGAACGUGUCAAUUUGCAUCGACGAAGAGGGUUGCGCGUGCGCGCGCCGUUAAUAUAUGUCUGUAUGUUUGUCAUCGUAUUCGAUGUGCGCGGUCUUAGAGUCGUAGACAAAGUGGAGUGCGUAGAAUGCAAAUAUCGUCGUAGAAGCAUCUCUGUGCGUCGUGUGUGUUUCGCGUCUCUCGGCGUUGUCGCGUCGUUUUUGCUAUGUGUGUUUAUACGAGUGACCUACAAGCUCCCCUUGCGCGUCGUUACACUCGUCAUGGUCAUCAUCGUCAUCGACAUCACCACGGGCAACGAAUGCAUCAGAAUGUGACCGUAUGUUCAUCAGCAACCCGGACGGCCCCAAGAACGGCAGCUUCAGCGCCCCGCACAUGGAAAACCCUCUGGGUCAUUCUCGACAGUGCAUCUACACUUUCAUCGCACAGGAGAACGAGAGGGUCGACAUCAACUUCACCCGCUUCAGGGUGCGAGGAUCUUCUCCAGAUUGCAGCCGCGAAUACGUGGACCUGUACACGGAGCUUGCCGACCCGAGCAGCGACCUGAUCAGCACGCCGUUCGGGGGUCGCUACUGUGGACGCGUGUUUCCCCGGCGGCGCAUCUCCAUGCACCGCACGCUCGUCAUCGGCUUCUACACCGACUACGAAAACGACACCGCCGACGUCUUCCACGGCACAUACCAGUUCAUAGAUGCCUCGCGCUUCCUGAUUGGCAAGCCGGAGCCCAACUCGGUUUGCAGCUUCACCAUCUACGGCGACCAGAAGCGCGAGGGCGACUUCUUCUCCCCCACCUACCCGGGCGUGUACCCCAAGAACCUGCAGUGUCGCUACCGAUUCCUGGGCAGCCGCGGACAGCGCGUGCGCCUAGAGUUCCUGGACUUCGACCUCUUCUACGGUGGCUCUCAUUGUCCUUUCGACUACGUGAAGAUAUACGACGGCAACUCUAGCGAGGACACGCUGAUCGGCACCUACUGCGGACAGCAGCGCAACCUUGUCGUGUACUCGUCGGCCUCCAACCUCUACGUCAAGUUCACCACGCUGCGACGCAUGGCCGACAGCCAGAACAGGGGCUUCGCCGGAUGGUUCGAGUUCGGCGAGAAGUUCGUCAACCUCGAUUUCAUCAAGAAGAAUGACGGCGAGCAUAUUCGGGGAACCGAGUGCGACCAGAAGAUCUUGAGUCGCAAGGAGUCCAACGGCACGGUGUACUCUCCCAACUGGCCGCUGCCGUACCAGGCGAACAUUGUGUGCCGCUACUACAUCUACGGCAUGGAGGACGCCCAGCACCUGGAGCGAGUGCGGCUGGACUUUGACAAGUUCCACAUGGACGACCACCGCGCGGACGACGCUCACGAGUGCACGGACGCUUACCUCAAGCUCUACAUGCAGGGCCAAGAGGAGCGGCAAGCCGUGGACGAGUUCGACCACGCGUUUUGCGGGAACCAGGCUCCACCGGCGCUCAUCUCAGAGGGGCCCCGGCUGGUGAUGGUCUUCUCGAGCGGACAGACCAAGGGCACGGGCUUUCGGGCGCGAUACUCGUUCGAGACCGACUACAAGGUCCCGGGCACGCCUUCGCCCAACAACACGUGCCACUUCUGGUACCUGAGUGAGUCGCAAGCGACGGGCGACUUCAAUUCACCGCGCUACCCGGCCAACUACCCGUCCAGCACCCGCUGCGAGUACAUAUUCCUCGGGGGACUGGGCGAGCAGGUCAAGAUCGUCUUCAACUACUUCAAGACCAAGGCUGAGCUCGCCUAUCACGGAUACAACGAGGCUUGCGUGGAAGACUGGCUGGAGAUCUACGAGGUCUCGGCCAAAGGCGAGUCCAAUAAAAUCGGUCGCUACUGCGCCAGGACUGCUCCGGGACCCAUCGUCUCUGACACGGGCAUAAACAUGAUGAAGGUCAUCCUACAUACCGACAGUUCUGGUGUUGCCAGUGGCUUCAGUGCGACUUACUACUUUCUCAAGGACGUCAACAAGUUCGGAGACUGCGGCGGUAACAUUACGGGCGAAGAGAACGGCCUCAUCACCAGCCCCGGAUACCCGAACCCGUACAAGAACGACCGGCAGAUGUGCAACUGGUACAUCACGGUGCGGCCGGGACACAAGGUGUUCCUACACUUCACGCUGUUCCUCAUCGAGGGCCACCCGGGAGAGCGAGGAUGUCCCAGUGCAGUGGUGCGCGUCUGGAAGAACCUGUCUGAUGCACCGCUCGAACUAUGCGGAGAGGGACUGAGCAAUGACACGAGAGAAGUGAUAUCCACCUCCAACGUGCUCAAAGUAUCAUUCAUGACCGCACAAAAGGCCGUUGGAAACGGUGGAUUUAGAGCUGUUUGGACAGAAAUUAGAGAAGACCCCAGCUGCGAAGACCUCAGGUGCGCCCUCACCGGUUACUGCAUAUCUUCGCGCCUCAGGUGUAACGACUUGCCCAACUGCGGUAGCAGCGACAACACCGACGAGGACGAUUGCGUGCGCAGCCCCGAGCUCAACCUCUACCUGGUGGGCGGCGUGUCCGGGGGCUGCGCGGCCUUCACGCUGCUCACGCUGUGCCUGGUGUGCCGUAGCCGGCGGAGACGGAGGCGCCGCAGGAGGCGGCACCCGCCGUUCGGGGACAGGCCGCCGCUGAGGCCACCGCCGCCCGGAGAGGUGCCGGCCAUGCACUUCGUCUCCAUGGACACCGUGUGACUAGAGACCACCGUCUAAGAGCGAGGCCCCCAGGAACUGGACUCCCCCAAA